CUGCCACCCUAGAGCAAUAGCGAACGACGGCGGCGCCGCGGUGGCCAUUAUGAGCAACUUGAGCCCCGACGAAGCCGAGUAUUUCGACAUGGUCGAGGCAGAUGAACUCCAAGCGCUGCUGAACGAGCACUGGGGCAUUAUAUUAGCGCGUGUCGGUGCGCAUCCGUUUUGGCCGGCUAGGGUAUGUGAAAUGGAGGAAUGGAUCGACUACCUUCCCCAUCGGCAGCGGAAGGGACAACUCUGCGUGUACUUCUACGGGUCCCACAACUACGGAUGGAUUCUCCGCAGCAAUGUCCACGAGUUCAUGGAAGAACACCCGUCGAUCAAGGGCAAGAAAGGAUCGAAAAUAUACCUUCAAUACCUCGAGGGCGUCGAAGAGGCCAAGACCGCAAUAGCCAUGGCCAAAAAGGCACACGAAAGCAUGCUCUUUUCCGAGCGCAUAAAAUUAAAAAAAAUUGAAGUCGAAAACGAUGUGCCGUGCGCCGUGUGCAAGAAAAAAGGAUCGUAUGAGCGGCGGAUCGUGUGUGAUGGCAAGGAUUGCGAGCGUGAGUACCACAUGACGUGCCUGAAGCCUCCCCUUGUCGAGGUUCCUGCUGGGGACUGGUUCUGUCCGUUGUGCAACUUAAGCCGCCAACCGUCGUCGAAGCGAACGCCAACGAAUGGGUCAUCGAAUGCGAAACGCCGACUCGCGUCGUCCAUCCAUGCCGCAGAAGUCGCUCCCUUGCCAAGCACCGACUCGUCCACUGCAACUCCACUAUCGAGCCGUCGUGACCGGAAAACACCCGACACGUCUAAACGUCGAGAGUGCCGAGAAAAAGAUCGGCAGACCCCGACGUCAGACUUGACGUCUGAGGAGCGCUGUUUUCUGUGCGGCCUUGGCGGCGAGCUCGUCGUGUGCGAGUUUUCGAAAUGCACCAAAGUGUAUCAUCAACUGUGUUUGGGUGCGUUUCCAUUUCCCACAGAUGAAGAGACCGAGUGGAUUUGUCCGCGGCACCGGUGUGUGCUAUCUGGCCGCAAGGAAGACCCCACCUCGUCCACCAAGUCCCUGUGGCAUUGUCUGCACUGCCCCGUUGCCAUCGACGACUCCGUGCUGCCCUCGAGCCCUGCUCUCAGUAAAAUUAGCCGUCGCGAUAAAACGAUGGUGUGCGCGCAUUGCAACUCUCCAAGUCCCAUGGUUCGCCUCGCUAAAAUUCUCGAACGCAUUUGGUCUGUUAUCGCAACCAAUCGCCAAGGAACGCCGUUUUGUGGUCCUUUGCUCGUGGGAAUUGACCGACCUCCGGACAUGGACCCGCAUGCUCUUCCUCUGGACUUGUUUCAAAUCAUUGCAGCGGUGCGAAGUCUGCGUUAUUCUAGCGAAGUCGCGUUUGUGCAAGACGUUGAGACGGUUGUUGCGACGUCCCUUGCAAUUUUGAGAGACCGAUCUGCACCACUGGUAGAGGCCGCGAAAACGAUGAGUAUGGUUGUGAAUGAGCAACUGCAGUACCAUCAAGCACAAUUUCAAACCAUUCAGACGCUCAUGGAGAAUUAUUUACACGCCGACAAAAAGAACGACGAGUUGUCGUCGUGGUCCAUACCUUGGCGAAAAGAAUGCAUGCCAUUUGGUGACAAGAGUUACGUUCACAUUGAAGCUCGGUCCAUCGAAGAGUGGACGAGUUACGUCUCCCAUGCAACGUUGUAUGCUAACUUGUCUCCGAUGGCAUCGCAACAACACGAAGAUGCCGAAGAGCGGUAUACAAGAUACGGCACUGCAUCCCCGCCUCGGAUACCGCUGACUGACGAGUCCAAGACCACAGAAGCUGAAGCAGACCAACGAAGUUUGACCUUGACCGAUGGAAUCGACGUUUUGGUGGCCCUCUCUGACCUGGGCCAACAUCACCGAUUUCGAGCAUCGACCAUACCUUCAACGGCAGCAAGUGCCCCAGAACCAUCCAUAUAUCGUGAAGAGCUCGGUUUGACGCCGUCGAUAUGCGAAAUGGACGCCAUGUUUCAACAACAAGCCGCACUGCUACGAAAAGCACUGCAUGCCCAUGCAACGUUGGAGCAUGCGUGGAACCUCAACAAGCAGCACAUGCUUGGGAUGCGGCAGGACCAAGUUAUUAGUAUUGGCGAGGGUCGCUUGGCUGCGGAGCUUCGUGUGGCCAACAAUAACUUGAAAGCCCGCCUGCGCAACAAAGAUCAAGUGUUGCAGCAACUGACAUCGGACCAUUUCGAUCUGAAUGGGCAGGUGAAGCAACUUCAGACGGCAUUGGAUGAGAAAGAGCGCCGACUUCGUCUACUCGAAGGGCAGCUGGACCCGUCAAAGCGAAACAGUUUCACGAAUGCAAAGGUUUCUCCUGGUUCUGGAGAUGAGGGCGACGACGACAGUCGAUCACCCUUAGAGAAGCGUGCGCGUGUGGACGACGACUCGCCCGCCAUCAAGCGAGGAAGAGGCAGGCCGCCAAAACGACGACCGACUUAUCAAUGAACAAUAUUAACUUGUCCACGCCGUACAACGCUAUUCAUGCUUUGCAUGCAUGCA